ACCUGUUGGGAUAUUUUGUAGUCAGUGUCAACACCCCAAUAGAAAGCGGAGUGGAAGGCUUUCUGGCCUCUGUGCUGUCAGGGAAGACAUUACUAAGUGUUCAACCACAGAAGGCACACAAGCAGCGUUGAAUACAGGAAGUGCUAAUCAACCGUCUGCCUUCCUUUCAGCAGCGUUAGGUGGAUAAGCAGUGUCGCGGGUUUGUCUCGCUGGACCCUAACGGGGUUUCUUUGCAGCUAUACGUCAGGAGUCCACGGCACGAUGGGAAGCUGCGACGGCUUGUCAUCGUCUCCAAACAGAGUUGGGUACGUCAGCUGGAGCGUGGACUCUGGAGAGACCUGGCAACCUUCAACCGGACCUCCACCAGGUACAGGAGAAAAAGAGGCUUUUUCUAACCAGAGCCAGCAGCCGACCAAUUCAGGUUGCAUCCCAUCUCUGGUUCUAACACUAGAACCCAGUGGAGAAGAAACAAAUACGCCGUUUGACCUUCCGUACCCACGAAAACAACUCACAAGGAGGAAAUGCACCAAAAUCUCCAAAAAUUGCAGACAAAUCCCAGGGAACAGCAAGCUCAGAGACCAUGAUAGGAACUUCAAACUUCCACGAGACGCUAUGGCAAACAACGAGGAACCUUCCCAUUGCAAGGAUGAAAACGUUCCCCUACACAGGAGCAGUCCAGUCAUCUCCAGACGCAGCAAGCCCAUCUCCUGGCAGGAAAAGGCAACCAGUCCGUCUGAUUCAUUAAGCAUGGACUCUUCCCCUCGUUCCCCCGGCUCAUGUGACCAGCGUGAGUGUGUGACAUCUACCGGUAAGGAGGACGUGGAGCCCCGGCUGACUUCCGGUCACCAAUCGUUCGAAACCACGGUGGAGGAUAAGAGGCCGCGUGUUCCUCUAUCGUCAAGCCCGAUCAGCAUCCUGAGUAGCCAGGACCGAUCCAGCAGAAGCCCUCAGAGAUCUGAGAAGGAGAAAAGGGGAUGUAGCCUAAACAGCUGGAGUACCCCCAACAGGACAGGCCACUCCUCCUCAAGGCCUCACAGCAAAGACAGAAGCUGCUCUGAACUCCUGGAUUUACCUCCAGACAUCUUUAAGACCAGCUGUGAGCUGGAAAAGGAGAACGCUCAUUUUGUUGUGGUAGACAUGAUGCUGGAGGUUCUGGAAGGCGUCAAAUGGACUCUGAGCUUCGACUCGGUGAUGUAUAAACACUGCGUUGUGUGCACAAAGAGGCAGCCGAGCUCUGAGGGCCGCAGUUCCAUCUGCAAGCGCAGGCUCCUACGUGACGACACGAGGCCGCAGCGGACGGACUGGGCUGCGGAUACACCGGAACCACAGACUAGUCACAAUGAACAUCAAACCAAGAGUCGGUCGAUCCUUUCUACUGACAGCGGGUUUGAAGACUGUGGGGUCGGCACGAUGCCACCAGAUUUGAUCAGAAACAGUGCAGAGUGCCUGGCCCAGCAGCUGGUGCUGGAGUUCAAAAGGAAGUGGCUUCCUUCCCACGUGCAUCGGCGAGGACGGCAAAGCCUCCGCAGUUCACUGCAAGAGUUACCAGGUACUGGGGGUGUGGAGGUAAAGACUGGGAGUUUAACGGAGGAGAUCCGACUCAGGACCAGGAUGAGAGGAUCCCUGAACUGGGCACCGCCGAGUUUCCAGAUCAUUUUCUCUGUCCAGCCACAACACAGACGGAGCGAGGUGGUAGCCUUACAACACUACCUGUGUGCGGGAUGCGGGACAGAGGUGGAGCCCAGAUACAUCAAGAAACUGCGGCACUGUGAAUAUCUGGGAAGAUAUUUCUGUGACUGUUGCCACAGUGGAUCAGAGGCAAUUAUUCCGGGUCGAGUUCUGUCCAACUGGGACUUUAGCAGGUACUCUGUGAGCGACUUCUCCAAGCAGCUGCUGGACUCGGUCUGGUCUCAGCCCCUGUUCGACCUCGGCUCUGUGGGGAAGGCUCUGUGGAGCAAAGUGAAAGACCUGGACAGGUUCAGGGAGCUGAGGGAGCAGCUGACCGGAAUCAGGAAGCUGCUGAAAGCCUGCAGGUUAUCUGAAAGGGUGUUGGCCGAGUUCGAGCCACUUCCUGCUCACCUGCUGGACGAGCCUCUGCUCUUCUCCAUGGAAGACCUCUACAGAGUGAAGAAGGGUCAGCUGGUGGCGCAGGCCCGAGCGCUGCUCAACUCGGCUCUGGAGCACGUCGACAACUGUGAGCUGUGUAGGGGCCGAGGCUUCAUCUGCGAGUUCUGUCGAGCAAAGGACAUCAUCUUUCCUUUUCAGAAAGACAAAUGCCAGCGAUGUCCAGUGUGCAAGGCCUGCUUUCACAAAGACUGUUUCCUGGGGAAAAGGUGUCCGAAAUGCACACGGAUCCAGUCCCGAACAAAAGUCCAGACGAAGCCAUGAAGUGCGAUACGAACAGAGAUCCUCUGCUGGGAGCCACUACACCUCUCUGGAAAGUUGUCCUCAUACAGUGCUGUCGCCUUUAUCAGUGUUGCACUUUGAAACAUUGCACUCAAAAAUCUCUUUACAGCUGUAAUUUGAUGUCUGUUGAAAUACUAAUGUUUAUUUAUUUACCCUAAAACGAAUGAGUUCCUUCUUCUAAAUUGUUGUCACAUUUGUUUUUUCAAUUAAUAUUAAACAUUUGAGACAA